GCUUCUUGCUGCUCAUUUCACACUUCACUCAGCCCUACCGUGCAUCCGGUCUGCAUGGACAACAUGAACUCGUUUGUGGAAUACUCCAUUUGUAAUCGACCGGGGACCGGCGCUUAUUCUGCGCCUAAAUCUGGAUACCACCACCACCAUCAUCUGCAUCCUCAUCAUCAUCCUUCUCUGGAUCAGCAUCAGGGCUUCCCCGUGACCUCCGGCUCUUUCCAUACUGGACCCACCGGCUCUCCAUCUGCCGUUAACGGGACGAGAAGUGACAACAGCGUCGGGGGAGCGAGUUACACCGGGGAUGAGCGGCUGUACGGGGGCUCUGGAGGUGGAGGAGCGCACGGGACCACAGGAGCACACCAGCAUCAACAGCAUCCUCAUCAUCCUGAGCAACAACAUCAUCAGCAGACGCACAACGGCUACCAUCAUCAUCCGCACCUUCACCAAACCCAAAGCUUACAAAGCGGAACACUGUCUGCCUAUAAUGCCGGGAAUAGCGGCAGCAGCGGGGCCUAUGCGGGUCAGGCGUGCGCCACAAACUCGGAGUAUAUUAACGCGAUAGGCCCUCCCAACACCGUUCACCCCCAGUAUUUCAUGGAGGAGUCUGUAGCCUCCACCUACUAUCAUCAAUCAACCUUCCCCAGCUCGGCCCCCACCGUCGGCCCCAGCUACGGGGCCCUAGCUGGGGCCUACUGCGGGCCUCAGGGCGCUCUGGCCGGGUCACAGUACCCGCAGCAGCUUGGCGGGGGUCUGGACGCAGCGGGCUACCUGGGGCUUCCACACGGGGGAGGUUACGGUGAGCUACCGGUCUCCCAGGACCGUGAGAGGGGGGAUGAGGAGGGCCAGCAGGCCGGGCAGGGGCAGACCUUCGACUGGAUGAAGGUGAAGAGGAAUCCGCCUAAAACAGUCAAGGUGUCGGACUUCGGCCUCGCGGGCGCACACAACAACGCCAUGCGCACCAACUUCAGCACGCGGCAGCUCACGGAGCUGGAGAAGGAGUUCCACUUCAGCAAGUACCUGACGCGGGCGCGGCGCGUGGAGAUCGCCGCUACGCUCGAGCUCAACGAGACGCAGGUUAAAAUCUGGUUCCAGAACAGGCGCAUGAAGCAGAAGAAGCGCGAGCGGGAAGGCGCCUCCGCCACGGCGCGCUCCGGUACCGACAGCGGCUUCAACAAGGACUUGGAGGACACCGAUCAGUCCUCCGCGUCCACGUCUCCAGGCGCGUCCCCGAGCUCGGAGACGUAGUCAGCGCGAGCGACGUGACUGGUUCUGCAGAAGUGUCACUUAGGGGAAACAGGUGGCAUACUGUCUUGUACUACUGCUUAGUGAUGCACUAUGGAAUGCAUUCUGCAUCUACUUCUGCUUUGGUCACUGACUUCCUACAUGUCCCAGAAUUCCUUUUGAAAACCCACCCAGUACCUGAACUUUUGCAUUCAAUGAGUUUCACAGAAAACCUUUCUUGCAAGUUGCUGCUUGGUCAGGUGUUUUUAUAGAAAAUAAAAACGGGUUUCAGUGACUUAAUAAGACGUCAAAAAGCAAUAGAGCUUGAUGAUAAUGAUGAUGAUGAUGAUGAUGAUGAGGAUGAUGAUGAUAAUGAUGGGAUGCACUUUGCCAUCUUUAUAUGAUGUCUGAUAUACAGGGUUUCACUGGAAAUGGGUUAUUUAAGUUGGAUAAUACAUACUAUCUGCUGAUAUUUUGUUGUGUUUUUUUCUACAUUUUGUCACUUGAAAAAGUAAAUGUUAUAAUAGUAUUUUUGCCACAGUUUUUGUAAAAAAAAGCCCAAACAUUUAGAUCAUUAUGGGGCACCUACAACUCCACUGAAAGCCUUCAUGAUUGAAGUCAAUGGAAAGGAACUCAGGAAUACACAACUGUGUUGACAUGACAAUUCAACAUACAAAACUCUUUUUUUUAAUUAUGCAAAAUAUGACAAGCUGUGGUCCAUCUUUACCCCACAUACCAGUCUAACUAAAUGAGCCUUAUGAUCAGGAAUACAGGGAGCCUCUGAUGGCAAAACACACUGUCUUAUCUGGCUCUAGCUAGUUUUCUUCCACUUUUAAAACCUUUAAUGUUGUUUUGUUUGUUAAUGUUUUAAGUGUUGUACUCUGUGUAUGUCUCACCCCAUGCAGCUCUGGUCUUUGCACUAUGUGACUACAGGGUACAUUUUCAGACAAAUUGCUCAAAUACAUUGCUCCUUUCAGUUUUUAUGAAUGAUGACAAAGACUGUAACCUGUAACACUUUUACAGUCUGAUCUACAGGAUUGUGUCUUGAACAUGUUAGUUAGACUCAGGGGCUAAUAUGGUGUGUGUGUGUGUGUGUGUGUGUGUGUGUGUGUGUGUGUGUGUGUGUGUGAGGGUUAGUGAUCACUGAAAAAAGGGGAAAAAAAGUGCUAAAGCCUGUACGACACACGUCGGCUUGCUGAAAGGGAAAAGUGUGGAAAUGGUAUUUUACUGCCUGCCCUUCCCCCAUUAAAAUAAAUUAUUGGAUGCAUUUUAUGUUAUUGAUUAUAUAUAAUGGGAAAACAGUGAGUAUGUCAAGGGGACGUUUCCCUGUGGACAUCUUU